AUUUAUACGGUAUUGCUGUUUGACGCGGAGGUUUGUACGUAGUUCAGUAGUUCUGUAAUUUCUAACCAAAUAGAAGAAUAUUACCUAAAAAAAUGGGCGGUGGAGAUGAAAGUGGGUCUGGUAGUGAUAGUGAAAUCGAAGAAGAAGAUCAAGUAGUUCGAGGAGGGGGAAGAAAAAGAGGGAGAGGAGGUGGAAGAGCAAUGCAAGCUCAAAAAAGGUCAAAACAGGACAGCGAUGUCCCUGCUACGUUAUUUGAAGUUGUUCGACAAGGAAAGAUGGCGAUGACUGCUGUAGUUGACGAUUGGAUCGAAGCUUAUAAGGCUGAUCGAAAUGAAGCUCUUCUAGAUUUAAUUCAAUUCUUCAUCAAUGCAUCUGGUUGCAAAGGAACUGUAACUCCAGAAAUGUUACGUGAGGCCUCAGAAGGAUUUCAAGACGUUAUUAAAAGAAUGACUGAGGAAUUUGAUGAGGAUAGUGGGGAUUAUCCAUUGAUUGCAUCUGGACCAAAUUUUAAGAAGUUUCGUUCAAAUUUCUCCGAUUUUGUUCAGGCUCUCGUACGUCAAUGUCAGUAUCAGAUAAUAUACGAUCAAUUUAUGAUGGAUAAUGUAUUGACAUUACUGACUGAAUUGAGUAACUCACAAGUACGGGCUUUCAGACAUACUUCUACUCUUGCUGCCAUGAAACUCAUGACAGCACUUGUGAAUGUUGCACUCCAGUUGAGUGUGAGUUUAGACAAUACUCAGAGGCAGUACGAAGGAGAGAGAGCAAAAUCUGCAAAUAAAAGAGCGUCAGAAAAAUUGGACAUGCUUCUUGAAAAAAGAAAAGAUCUUGAAGAUCAACAAACUGAGAUUGAAAGCAUGCUUAAUGGAAUCUUCAAGGGAAUUUUUGUUCAUCGUUAUCGUGAUUUCAUUGCUGAUAUCCGAGCAUUAUGCAUGGAAGAAAUAGGGGUUUGGAUGAAAAUGUUUCCCAAAGUGUUUUUGACCGACAGUUACUUGAAAUAUGUUGGAUGGACUCUUCACGAUAAGCAAAAAGAAGUUCGUAUGAAGUGCCUCAUGACGUUACAAGGUUUAUACAGAGACGAUGAAAUGACGAAGGAUUUGAAAUUAUUUACAAGUCGAUUCAAAGAUAGAAUUGUGUCGAUGACAUUGGAUAAGGAAUACGAUGUUGCAGUUCUGGCUAUCAAGCUCUUGAUCUUAAUUCUUGAUCAUUGUGGAUAUGACACUCCAGUUUUGUCUUCAAAUGAUUCGGAAAGUGUUUAUCAGCUUGUGUAUUCCGUGCAUAGACCGGUUGCCAUAGCUGCCGCGGAGUUUCUCAACAAGCAAUUGUUUGCAAACAAGGAGGUGACUCCAGGAUACACAAAACGAGGGCGAAGAAGAAGCCCAAAUGCGCCUCUCAUUACUGAUCUUGUCUUGUUCUUCAUUGAGAGUGAGCUCCAUGAACAUGCAACCUAUCUCGUUGAUUCCUUGUGGGACGUAGCUUCGAAUAUGCUCAAAGAUUGGGAUUGCAUGAGUGACUUACUCUUAGAGGAACCUGCCAACGAUAGAGAUCAAAUGGACUCAAGACAAGAAAGUGCUCUGGUUGAUAUCAUGGUUUGCAGUGUGAAGCAAGCCGCCGAAGGAACACCUCCGACUGGUAGACAAGGGUUUUCAAAGAAACUUGCUACCAGAGACAAACGAACUGCUUUAGAAGAUAAAGUUCGUUUGACUGAACUUUUUAUUGUCGCUUUACCAUCUUUACUCAACAAAUAUCAAGUUGACAAGGAAAAGGUCACCAUGCUUCUACAAAUCCCAAGAUUCUUUGAUUUGGAACUCUACACAACCAGCAGACUUGAAAAGCAUUUAGAAAUGUUGCUUCGACAAAUGUCGAUUAUCAUCGAUAAACACACAGAUGCAGAUUUGUUGGAGCAAGCUUCGAUGACUUAUCAUAAACUAUGCGAUAAUGACUACACAAUGUGCAACAAAGCACAAGUUGAACGACAGACUGUCAUCGACACUUGGGCUGAGAAUUUUACUCUGGCUUUAGACAUCUUUAAAGAUGCGACCUCCGACUCAACAAAUGGAGCAGAUGAAGAAGAGAUAUACAAUGUAGUGCAAGCAUUGAAAAGAUUGACACAAAUCUACAUGCAUAAUAACAUAUUGUCUUGCGAACUGCAUCCCAGUGUGUCUUCUAUACUGCAGAUGUACCAAGAAAAACCUGAUUCGGUCCCAGAGGAUAUGUUGGAGCAAGCUAUCAAGUUCCUACAUUGCGAUUUGAUGUAUAAUCUUGCGGUCGUAAAACAUCAGGAAGAUGGAGGUCAGUCUGCUACUCAAGAUCAGAAGCUAGCCAUCGCAAAACUUCGACAAAAAGUCACCGAGUUUUUACAGUCGUGUCAAGAACUGUUGUCACAGUCUCCACAUCCAAAGGUGAAGGAAGCAAGUUACAUGGCAUUAUGUGAUCUGAUUGUCUUGUUCUCUCCUCAACUCGCACACAGUUGUCCUAACCUUCGACCCCUGGUUCAACGACCAUCUGACACCGUACAACAUUUGCUCAUCGACUUCGUUAACACUUAUGUAUUCAUUGUACAUGAGGAUGAUGAUGAUGACGAAGAAGACACCGCCAAGAUAGAUGCUCUGCAUCACAGGAGAUUAUUGCUUGCUGCUAUUUGUAAACUAUUUGUCUUCAACAUGAUUGAAUUAAGACUGGCUGCAUCAGUAUUCCAGCAGUAUAUCAGGUUUUAUCCCGAUUAUGGUGAUAUUAUAAAAGAAACGAUCAGCAGGGCAAGACAUGCAAAUAAAAUGGCUUGUGCUCACACACUCGCCCUCAGCAUCAUGUCGUUGUACCGAGAGACUAUUCGUAUGCAGGGGGGCUCGCUUGAUCAGAGCUCUCAAGAGUACGGACAUUUGAAAGAAUUAGCUCGAAGAUUAUCACUUACUUUUGGUUUGGACCAAGUUAAAACCAGAGAUGCGGUUGCAGCCCUUCACAAGGAAGGGAUAUUAUUUGCAUUGAAAAAGAGCGAAGAUCAUUACAAUGAGAAUUAUCCUCCUGAAAACUUGAGUUUCCUUCUCAUACUCGUCGAAUUUUCCUCCAAACUGAUGAGACAAGAUCGUAAGACUGUCGUGAAUUAUUUGGACAAACAUAUCAAACCACAUAUGUUGAAGCAACAGACAGCAGGAUGGAUUCCACUCGUAACUUAUAGAAACUCGUUAAUACAAGGAUCAGAUGACGCUGAAAUUAUGAAACAACCAAUGAAGGGUCGCAGAGGCAGAAAGAAGAAAAAUGUGGAAGGUGACGUGGAUGCACCUCGAACACCUAUGACACCUGCUACACCUAUGAGCCCUGGUGCACCUAUGACACCAAUGAACCCUGUGCCACAGCACACAUCAACAGUACAACGUGAUGGUGUUCCUUCAAAACAAAUGCGAAUGGAUGACGCUAACGUUUCCUCCAUAUCAUACCAGCAACAGCAACCUAACUUGAUGGGAUCAACAAUGAUGACAUCACCAGGUCAUUCUAUGACAUCACCAGUACAUCAAGGAACCCCUGAUUAUCAUCAGCAAAUGAGACAAGGCGGGGGAGGUUAUCAGCAAAUACAACAACAACAACAACAACAGUUUGUAGUUCCAGGUCAACAAAUGAUGUACCAACAGCAAGGUUAUCAAAUGAUGCAGUCCCCAGGACAUAUGCAGCAACAAUCUGGCAUGCCUGGACAAUCGUUUUACGGAAGUUGAACUCCAACGAUCGUUCCAUGAAAACCGAUUUAUUGACGAUCGAAGGACCGGCUCACUAACACUGCCAAUAUUAGUCGUUUUUCUGUUCAUGUUGUUUUGUAUUAUUGAUUUAGUUGUUGUUUUCAUAAUUUUGUCCACAAAUGAUUUUUGAACUAGAGCUUCAAUCAAAAUACCAAUAUUGGCUCAAUUUUCUAUCAUGUUGCAAGAUGAUUAAAAAAUAGGUUAAAUUCAACAUAAUAUCACAAAUUAAUUCUGGUCGUCUGGGGCUCUCUUUUCUCUACAAAACCAGUGGUGGGAUUCAAAUUUUUGUUAGCCGGUUCUAUCACAAAAGGUCAUAUUUUUUUAGUAAAUAAACCAGUAAUGCUAAUCGGUUCGCUGAUCUCAUAAAAUUCCGUGAGACGGUUCUAUAGAACCGGUGCGAACCGGCUGAAUCCCACCACUGUACAAAACCUAAUUUCUAAAAUCAUGUUAACAAUUAACUGUUUGCCCCGCCCCAAGGCAAAUAAUGCAAUGCAUUGGAUAGUAAAUGUCGCAGUAUUGUAUUAACCUUGUAUUCCAAUGAUAGUGUGUGCCACUAUAAUUAAGCUCAUACACAACAAAAGAAAUUUGUUUUUGUAUGGGUUAGACAAACUUCAACUUGCAAUAUCUCAUUUUUAAGUUUAUAUAAGUAGACUGAAGAUUAUUAGAAAACUAUUUUCUUAGGGCAAUGGCCUAUGCUGUGUACAGCAAAGCUCAUGAAAUUAGGAAAUAGCGACUUCCAGCUGUGUUGCAUUAAUAACGGACGAGUAAAUUUUGCAGCAUUCAAUAUUAUAUAUUUAGUUAAAACUCUUUUUGUCGCUUUAUGUUCAUUGUUAAUUCAGUUUGUUAAAAUCGUCGUUUUAGUUCUUUGUUUGUAAUUUCUGUCUGCAAAAAUAAGUCCGGUCUAAUGGAGGAAUAAAGAUUGGCUAACUGUCAACCAUAAUAAUGACGCAAGUUUAUUUUGCUUGAAUUAUCAUUUUAUUGGUUCAAAUUUUGUACAAAAUAUUAAAAUAAAACUUUCACAUGCUG